AUGGUCGUCCUAUCUGUCCUCCCCGUGCUCUGGGCGCUCCUUGCACAGUCAGUGUCUGCUGUCAACUUUCCAUACGAAAGCAUUCAGCUCACAGACGCUGAUGUUGGCGGCUUUGCAGCAAUUGACUUUGGUGAUGCUUCAAACCCAACCGGGCCACUCGUUACUGGGGACGCAGAGUGUCGCCCUCUCCCAGGCCAAACCGGAUGGCCUGCUCCAGAAGAAUGGGCGCAGCUGAAUACCUCUCUAGGAGGAGCUCUACUACAACCAACUCCUGCCGCCGCCGUAUGCUACUCCGGAGAGCCCGAGUACAGUGCCGAGCGGUGCGAGUGGCUAUUGACCAACGCAUCAAGCACCCGGUUCUACGUCAAUGAUCCGCUCACUGUCCUAACGGCGUGGACUAUGGGAGACACAUGCCCUCCAUUCCUGCCUGGCACAACCCCGCCUACCAAUGGAGAAUGUGAGAUGGGAGGCUUCCCAGAAUACGUCAUCAAUGCUACAACAACGAAGCACAUUCAAAUUGGGGUCAACUUUGCCAGAAACAAGGGCUUGAGGCUGAUUGUCAAAAAUACGGGUCAUGACUUCAAUGGCCGAUCAGCUGGCAAAGGUGCUCUCAGUAUCUGGACGCACCAUCUCAAAGACUUUGUCCACUUAGACCACUACAAAAUAUUAGACUACGAAGGCACAGCAGCGCUUGUUGGGUCUGGCCUCGAGGCUUUUGAACUGUAUGCCGCCAUGGACAAGUACAACAUCACCAUUGUCGCGCCAGGUGGCCAGACUGUCGGUGCUUAUGGAGGCUGGAUAGGUGGUGGAGGCCACUCGGUGCUGACUUCGGCUUUUGGAGUUGGUUCAGACCAAGUGCUGUCGAUGCAAGUUGUCACCGCAGAUGGCAGACUCGUAGAGGCGAGCCCAUUGGUCAACACUGACUUGUACUAUGCCAUGCGCGGAGGCGGACCUGGCACCUAUGGCAUCGUGACCUCUGCGGUCGUCAAAACCUACCCAUCCGUGCAUAUCACCAGGACAACUCUAGCCUUCAACUUCCUCAACAGCACGACCUACCCCAAUGGUGGAGACACGAAGAAUGGCUCGGUCGCUUUCGUCGAUGAUCUCGAGGUCUUCUGGAGAGGCAUUAACGAGUUCUACUACUUUGGCAAGUUCAUCGCCGAUCGCGGCGGCAUCACCUUCAAUUACCUUACCCCGACCGGCACUAACCAGAACUACACCUUCACCUCCGCGUUUCAGCUACCCGGAUACACCUCGGAGGACAUGACUGCCUUCCUCCAACCCUUGUACGACCGCCUCCGCGACAUCGGCAUCCCGGCCCGGCUCAACAAGCCCAUAGUUGACAAAAGGUGGGGCGGCGGCGGCACCGGCGACGUGCCCGGCGACACGCGCUUCUCGUCGCGCCUCUGGCCGCUGCACACCUGGCACAACAGGCCGCUCUUCGACAAAGGUAUGGAGGCCGUGCGCGCGCUCGUCGAGGCCGGCUACGUCUUCCACACGGUGCACAUGGAGCCCUCGGAGGAGGUCGCACGGCUCCCCGGCGGGAUCGACAACGGCGUCAACCCGGCGUACCGCACGUGCUUCAUGCACGCGAUCAUGUUUGACCGCAUGCCGUGGCCGCGGGGCAGCCGGACGCCGGAGAACUUCAAGGCGCGGCACGCGCGGCUGAACCGCUACGUCGACGGGGUCCGCGAGGCGACGAGGGUCGGCGGCGGGGCGUACAUCAACGAGGCGGACGUGCAGGAGCCGGACUGGCAGGAGAGCUUCUUCGGGAACAAGUAUGAGAAGCUCAUGGGCAUCAAGAGGGAGCGCGAUCCGUGGGGUUUAUUCUGGGUGCCGACGACGCCUGGUAGUGAAAGGCCGAUGACGCGACCCGCCAGCAAACGACUCGCCAAAGAGCUGGUGGAGUCCAUCUCCGAAAGCCAUGGCUACAUUGGAGAGGACACCCUAAAGAAGAUGGAACCGGGCGUGCGUUUCAAAGUUGAAGAAGCAUUAUUACGAAAAGAUGAGUUGAUUGGAGACAGUGUGGUCACACUCGCAAAGAAUCUGUACACUAGCAAGGCCCGAUUUGUAUUCGAGCUUAUCCAAAAUUGCGAUGAUAAUCGAUACACCAAUGCAGCCGCACGCGAAGAAAGUCCUUAUGUAGCUUUCGACGUUUAUCCAGAUCACAUCGUGGUCGAAUGCAACGAAGACGGGUUCACGAAUGAGAAUUUGAAAGCCAUCUGUGCCGUUGGGAAGAGUUCCAAAAAGGGAGCGCAGGGUUACAUUGGCGAAAAGGGCAUUGGCUUCAAAUCUGUGUUCAUGGCAGCAUGGAAGGUUCAUAUCCAGUCCGGAACAUUGUCCUUCUCGUUUCGCCAUAGAGAAGGCGAGUCAGGAAUGGGGAUGAUCUCUCCUGUAUGGGAGGACAAACAAGAGCAGCUGGAAGCCUCGCUGACAAGAAUUACACUUCACCUCCAUGACGCUGGUAAUUCUGGAGACAAAGCGCGGGAAGCCAUCAAGGAACAGUUCGAAGAGCUCCAAGAAACGUUCCUUUUAUUUACCAAGAAUCUAAGACAGAUUCGAGUCAGUUUCUAUGGGGCAGAUGGAACACGCACGUCCGGAACAAACUACUCUAUCGAGAAGUUGGACGAUGGUGAUGCACUUCUGCGAAUAUCCAAGACGGCGGGAGGACAAUUGAAACAACGCAAGAAAUACUUCCAUGUCACCAGCUAUCAAGCUAAAAAUCUUGCCAAGAACGAAAAUCGCACCUACUCCGAAGCCGAAGAGAAUUCCCGCGCGUACUCGAGGGGCGAAAUUGUCCUGGCCUUUCCGCUUACGGAGAACUCCAAUCCUAUUAUCAAACCACAGGAUAUUUUCGCGUUCUUGCCCGUGCGCCGAGUAGGGUUUAACUUUCUCAUCCAGGCCGACUUUGUCACCGAUGCCAGCCGCCAAGACAUUGUUCGAGACUCUAUUCGCAAUACCGGUCUGCUGGAUGGAGUUGCCAAAGCAUUUGUCAAGGCAGUCAAGCGAAUGUGUGAACGGGACACCCUCAGGUACACUUGGAUGCGGUUCCUACCGGACAAAAACGCCACCCACUGGGGCCAACUGUGGUCGAUGCUGAUUGGCAAGAUUGCCAAUAAGCUCAGCGAUGCGCCUGUCGUCUACGGGAGGCGGGAGCCCGGUGCUAAACUUCUCUCAGACCUUUAUCGCCUCCCUCCUGAAUACAAGGACAGCAACGGGGAGCCUCUAUUCGACGAUGAAAACCUGGAGAAGAUCAUUUCGGGUCGUUAUGCGGCAGCAGAUCUGGACAUGCUUGCACCUUAUGGGCUCAACAUGGCCGGUUUUGCAACCCUGUUUUCCUCGCUAUCUCUCGAUUUGCGGAGCCCACAUUCGCGGAUGAAAUCCAUCUCGACCUGCGACACCUGGCAUACACAAGUCGCUAAACUUCUCCAAAAGCCAUUCCUCAAAAAGAUGACUGAAAACAUGAGCCUUCUGCAGACGUUGGAUAUCCUGCCACUUCAAGAUGGCUCCUGGACCAAGGUGUCUUCUGGACAAGUCUAUUUUGCCAAGGUGGAUGGCUUACAGAUUCCACCGGAUAUUGACCUUCGACUUAUCCGUAGUAGGAUAACUAACAACGCCCGACUCACCCUGUUUGAACACCUCGGUGUAGAGGAUGCCACGACCAGGCAGGUUCAAGAACGAAUCCAUGCGUUGUAUAAGUCGAAGACACGGUCAACGAUCACCCUUGCGGCCUCGAAGCGACAUCUUCAUUUUCUCUACUUGAGCGAUACUCUCGACCUUGUUCUUGAGCGUCCCUCACACUGGUGCAAGGGUAUUUUCGUUUAUGCAAGCUGUGGUGGACUCUAUAACGCUCGCAAGUCUGCAGUCUAUCUUGCGAACGACCAGCCUUAUGGGCCCCGGGAACUCUUUCGAAAGACUCUUCCAGGUCCAUGCUCUGGCGAUGGCGCACCCGGCUAUCAGGAUGCCAUUUACCUUCACGAGGACUACUUUGUUGAACCACCAGUCCUUGCGGCCCACAAGCAGCUAUGGGCGGACUGGCUUGUAGAAGAACUUUGUGUCAGGGACUAUGUGUCGUGCCUCGUACCGGACUUACAAGGCCUUGGGAGGGCGGGUAAAUACUUACAGGAGUAUAGACCUGAAAGGUUCAUCGGCAGUCUCCUUCGCGACUUUCGGCGCCACAAGAACUUUGAAGAGCACCUGCGGUAUGAGUUAAGACGUACACUUGUUCUCUGCCGCGGGAAGCAGAUGUUCAGAUUCUGCGAAUGCUAUUUUCCGACUCAGCGUCUUGUUGGCCUCGUCAAGCGGUUUGUGCACCCGACUGCUUCCUUUCCCUGGCUCAGUAUAGGCUCACCAAAGACACCCGAGACAAUCCCUGAGGACUGGAAGGCAAUGCUCACACACCUAAAACUCGGAAUCCCUUCAAGUGAUCUCGACUUCGCCUUGGACAUGCUGAGGUACACGGUAUUUGAGUUUCCAGACGUAGUCCUUUCCAAGGAUAGGACGAGGCUUUUCGAUCUUUACUAUCACAUUCACUCUAAAUAUCGAGAAGACGAUGAUCACUCUGCCGCUCUCAAAAAGAUUAGGAAGACGUUUGCCGAAAAGGACCGUAUCUACAUUCCUCUCUCUCCUACCAGCAACGCUUGGGCAGGUGCCAGCGAAUGCGUGUGGGAUGCAACACAGGAACUGGAAUCCGUGUGGGUUCUCAAACUGCUAUAUGAGCCACUCUUUGCUUGCGAUAACGUGGACCGCAAACUAGCCCCGGUGUUCUUCGGAGAUGUCCUUGGUGUUCAGCUUGACUGCACCUGGGAGAUGUAUGUUGACGAGCUGAGAGUGCUCCAGGAGCUGGACUGCAACAAUCACGAUUCCAUCACCGGCAUCUACAAGGCACUCGAUACCUUUCGCCCAGGAAUGCUACCGAUAAGCCAGACCCAACUCAGAUCCGCGUUUGAGGAAGAUAGGCUGAUUUACGCUCCUUCUGGGGAUGGGAUGAUCUGGCGUCGCACAUCGGAGUGUGUUUGGUCCCAUGCGGCUCGCCUUAAAGGCAAGGUCUCUCUAAAUUAUUACUAUGAGGAGCUGAAGGAACUCUUCGUGGAUCUGCUUGGAGUCAGGCCUGUGAAUCUCGCCAUGGCAGUUGCUGAACUCGAAGAUGCUGGAAGCAGGAAGUCUGCCUCCGCAGAAGAUCUCAAGGACGCCAUCAUGACGGUGAACUCACUCCUACCUCUGGAAGAUGAGCACCCCAGCCCGGAUGUCGCCAUGAAACGCAAAAUACUUCCGGUGAGACAAGUCGAUGGUCACGUUAAGAAAAGCUCCAAAAGCAUCGACUUCUUCCUCAUCGACCGUGAGCCUCUCAAAGCUGCCUUCGAUGGUAAAGUCAAGUUCCUGGACUUUGAGCUGGACGAGAUCCGCCAAUUGCGUCCCUUUAUUGAGUGGGCAUCUCUUGGUGACAGACUUUUGUCCACUUGUGUCAAGGAGAUUACCGCUUUCCACGGAGAGAGCGCUCGUUUGCUCUCCCGCCUGGAUAGACAGGUUCGGAAUCGAGCACAUGCCUUGCUCAGAAUUGCGGCGCAUUAUAAUAGUCCACGGACUCGGUCCGCAGCUGACUUGGAAGCCUUGUACGAGGUGUUGAGACAUGCAAGCAUCUACCAGACCAAUGACAUCUCUUCAGACCUCAGCCUUCAGCAAGACGGAAACGCCCAUGUAGUUGAAGGGAAGAGAGCCACUCUGCACAUUGACGGCAGCCCGAACAGCCUCAAAGUCUACCUUCCGCGGAGAAAGUCCGAUCAAGGACGUGUGUUCGCUAGCACCCUUCCAGGAAAGCUAUUCGAGUGGAUGAUGACUUCUCCAGAUACACUGCAGGUCCCGGAACGAAUGGAAAAGGGCGGCAUUAUAGCGACCAUGAACGCUUUAGUCGUUCCGCAGUCAACAUUGCUCACUACGCUGGAAGACCUUGGCAUUGCAACCAUAGAUCUGCCCAAUCUUGACGAUAGUGCUGACGAAGAGACCUCGGAGCCCGAAACAGAACGUCCCUUUACGCGAGAGCCAUCCGCUCUUAGAAGUGUUGCUGACUCGGUGCCUAGUGACGAAUGGGACGGCAGUUCAGCCGUUUGCGAGACCCCCAUCUCCUCGGUUGCAAGUCCGUCACCUGGCAUUAGUGUCAUUGCUGUUUCCAGUGCUUUCCGAGCCUCCGCACCGGUUAGGUCUCGCAUCUUGGCUAGUGAGCCGUACACACCGCCUGCGCCACGCCACGGUGCCACGCCGGUCGCUGCAGUACAGGGAGCAGACAGUACUCGGAAUUACAUCGCGCUCCUAGACAGGGUCAUCGCCGCUGGUCGGAUUGCUUCUAUCCCGAGCGUAGGCACAUUCGACAUGAGCAGCCUUCUAGACAACCUUCCUAGCAUCGAUGCCUCCGACGCCGGUGGGAUGCCGACAGACCUGGGGGUGCGGUCUCAGGCACAAAUUGAGCGGGACUGCAAGGUCGGCGCAGCGGGAGAGCUUUUUGUUUUCGAGCUGCUGUCACAUUUGGAGCCACGGCUUCCAGGGUUCUCCCGAGCAAACUGGCAGAGCACCAUGCGGAAAUACGUCACGGUUCACCACGAGUAUGCCGAUAUGGAACCGUGGGAGGGGCGGGAGAAGUCGGAUAUCAUGUAUCGGGAUGCUCAGGGAACAUUGACCGAGGCGUUCAUCGACAAGGGCUACCUUGAUGAAGCCUGGAGGGGAAAGCGGCCGGAGUGCUUCAUCGAGGUCAAGACAACCACUUCAGCCUGCGAAACGCCCUUCUAUGUGAGCAAGGCACAGUAUCAGAGAAUAAAAGACUGUGCCUUGGAGGCACGCGAUCACAAAUGCGUCUAUGUCAUUUUCCGAGUAUUCAAACUUGGACAGAAUGACAUGGGACUUCGAAUCUACUUGAACCCGAUGAAAUUGAAAGAGGAGGGUUUGUUGAAUUUCAGGGAAGAGUUGUGGUCUGUGGUACCAGGAACUGGCGGCGGGUGA